AUGUCUCUGACCGCAGUGAUGACCCCGACGGCGCCGCCUAUGGUGGUUGGGCCUACUACAAGAAGAGCCACCAGACCCACCAACAAGCUACCGCAGUCACUCAUCGAUGGAGCCCAGCUGGCUGAUAAGCAGAGCUUUGAUCCGAAAACGCACCUGAACUAUCAGCCUCCCAGCAAAAUCUACACCAUGAGAGAGAUUGGUCUCGAAGGUCAGGGAAUCUCUCCCAAUGCGGUCACGGCGCCUUUCCAGCUCUUUACCGAAGAGGCUAUCAGACGGAUGAGAGCCGAGAUCUUCAGCCAAUCGGUGCUAGAUAACUGCCAGUACACGUCAGACUUCGUGAAGAACACUAUCCGGGGCAUGGGACCUGCUCGAGCCCCCUUUAUCUGUGAUGCCUGGAAGUCCCCGGAGGUUCUGUCUCGAAUCUCCGAGGUGGCUGGAAUUGACCUCGUUCCUGCCAUGGACUAUGAGAUUGCCGCUAUUAACAUCUCCAUCAACAAUCAGACGGUGGCGUCCACUUCCACUACCAACGAUGACGCUCUCCCCGCCUUUGCCUGGCACCGUGAUAGCUACCCCUUUGUCUGCGUGACGAUGCUCUCUGACUGCACGGGUAUGACGGGUGGCGAAACUGCACUCAAGACUGCAUCCGGAGAGAUCAUGAAGGUUCGGGGUCCGGCCAUGGGCACGGCCGUGGUUAUGCAAGGAAGAUACAUCGAACACCAAGCAUUAAAGGCAGUCGGGGGACGUGAGCGAAUCACGAUGAUUACCUCGUUCCGAGCCAAGUCGCCGCAUGUGCGCGAUGAGACCGUGCUGACAGGCGUGCGGCCUAUCAGCAACCUGUGCGAGCUCUAUACUCAGUACACGCGAUACAGGCUUGAGGUACUUGAAGAACGGGUUCGGGCGCUCUUGAAGCAGGAACGAGACCGCGAAAUUGCUCAACGUCCGUUCGAUGCUGCUGGUGUGAAGUCCUUUUUGACUGAGCAGAAGCAGUUUUUGGAGUCGAUGAUCGAGGAGAUCAUCGAGUAG